CCCCCUCCUACUUUAGCACGUUCAGUUGGAUCUUUCUCUGCCACUGCUGCUGUGCUUUACGGUUUUCUCUCCAAGUCGGAUCGAUUUGAGGAGUGAAUUUGGACCUCACUUUUUGGAGAACAGCUCUCCUGCUACACCCACCCUUCCAGCUUUACCAACCCUUGACUGUCAUUUUACCCCCCCGGAUAUCUUAUUAAAUACAAACCACCACUAUGGAUAGAACGGAUCUGAUCCAGAAGGCCAAGCUGGCAGAGCAGGCUGAGCGCUACGAUGACAUGGCAGAGUGCAUGAAGGAGGUCACGGAGAAAGGAGGCGAGCUGUCAAACGAGGAGAGGAACCUGCUCUCUGUCGCCUACAAGAACGUGGUCGGGGCGAGGCGGUCCUCCUGGAGGGUGAUGUCCAGCAUCGGGAUGAAGACCGACGGGAGUGGCAGCGAGAAGAAGAAGCAGAUGGUCACCGAGUACCGGGAGAAGGUGGAGAAGGAGCUGGAGGAGAUCUGCAACUGUGUUUUGACCUUGCUGGACAAUUAUUUAAUUGGAAAUGCCACAAAUCCAGAGAGCAAAGUCUUCUAUCUAAAGAUGAAGGGGGACUACUAUAGAUACCUCGCUGAAGUUGCCUCUGCAGAAAAAAAGUCAGAUACCAUUGAAAACUCACAACAAGCAUACCAGGAUGCGUUUGACGUCAGUUCCACUGAGAUGGACCCCACACAUCCCAUCCGCCUGGGUUUGGCCCUUAACUUCUCCGUCUUCUACUACGAGAUCCUGAACUCCCCAGAAAAAGCCUGCGAGUUGGCUAAAAAGGCAUUUGAUGACGCCAUCGCGGAGCUCGACCAGCUUCAUGAGGAGUCGUACAAAGACAGCACUCUCAUCAUGCAGCUCCUCAGAGACAACCUGACAUUAUGGACAUCAGACAACGCUCCCGAGGAGGGUGAAGGUGGCGAAGGAGAUGCAGGCGAGACCGAGAACUAGAGCACCAACAUCCUGACUGUUGGAGUUCUCUCUCCAAACAAACGAAAACAAGAAAAAAAAACUUUUUACGUAUUCUUUAUUCCUUAAUGCUUCACCUAAUCAUUCCACCAGUUCAUUCCAUUGAUGAGUUAUUAUAAAGAAUCAAAAAGUCUUUCAGCGAAGCAGAUUUGGACAAAACUUGGUAAAAAAAAAAAAAAGAGGAAUCAUCUGUUCCUUGAUGUUUUUCUUCURGGCCUUCCCUCUUGUGCAGUUUGAACUGCAGAAAGGAUCUGAUACUGAGUUUAAAUCCCCCGGUUCAUUUUAGAGGCGACGAAGUUGGAAGCCUAAAUCUUUAUCACAUGAUCAAUCAAACUAGUUCUCCUCACGUAGUUUUGUAGUAAGUAUCUACACUGUUGUGUGGUGCUGUUACAUUUGCUGAGGUAUUGUUUUUUMACACUGCAGGGAAAUCCUGUGCGCCGCACUUGCUGGCUGAAAAAAAAAAGGUUAUAACACAGAAGCAGUGCUCAUUGGUUGAACUUUCACUUCCUGAUUUCACUCUGAUGCCACUCUUUCACGAAACCUGUUUGGGGGUAAAUUUGUGGCUCUUAUCUGACGUUUCUGCUGAAGAGAAGACGUUCUCGUCUCGCACUUCUCCUCAGAUAUUACACUGGAAUGGGAACAAUGCGGUUUUGUACACUCUGCAAGGGUAUUAUUUUCUAGUCUGUCCAGUGAUUGUCACUCCAGAUUUGGACCACUAUUGUUUUGUAAUUGAGUUGGUUGUAGUCCCCGAAAGCCUUGUGGAACUUUGAAUCCUGGUGCAUCUACCAUGUUAACAAAAAUAAAACAUUUUAUAAACCAA